AUGCGCGCCGUGCAGUACGGCAAGGUCAACAAGCUUCAGCUACCGGUGUCGACCAUGCGGCUGGUGCUCCUGGGCGACGACAACUGCGUGUUCCUCAAGACCGUGGGCGCGCUCGGCGCUGGCGUCACCGCCGUAUCUGUGGUGUGCGCUAGGGCGAGAGCGGCGAGGCGGCCGCGGUUCACGUGCAAGAUGUGGGUCAACCUGGAGACACCCCCGGCAGCAGUGGCAAACUAUGGCAAGGAGGACGUGGUGCUCGUGGACAUGCAAAUGAGGAGCAUCUCAUCGCCCGGCGCCGUGGUCGCUGCGGGCGAGCCCACAUUCCUGACAGUGCCGCCAAUGUACCUGGUGCCAGCAGCAGGAGACGGGGCAUCCAUGGAAGUUCCCCUGCACAUCCGCAUCGAUAAGCUCUCCCCUUGGUCCGACGCAUUGGUGUGA